AUGGCCAGCGAUGCCACACGGAGGCACAAUCAUGCCGUUCGGUCCAAGUACGAGAAAAUCGAGAAGAUCGGUGAAGGUACUUUCGCUGCCGUCUUCUUGGCUCGCCAUGUCGAUACAGGCGAAAAAGUCGCGAUCAAAAAACUCAAGGUUGCGGCGGCUGGCACGCGGGAUGGCAUCGAUAUCACGGCCAUGCGCGAAUUCAAGUUUCUUAAAGAGCUGUGCCAUCCCAAUGUCAUUGCGCUGCGCGAUGUCUUUUCCUCCGGCGCAUCGUCCCCUGCCAUCAACCUGGUGCUGGAGUACCUCAACACCGAUCUUGAGGCUAUCAUCAAAGAUCGGUCGCUGGUGUUCCGUGCGGGGGAUAUCAAAAGCUGGAUGUUUAUGCUGUGCCGUGGCCUCGAAUACUGCCACCGGAACUGGUGCCUACAUCGUGACUUGAAACCCAACAACUUGCUCAUUUCGCCCUCGGGAGAACUUAAGAUUGCCGACUUUGGCUUGGCCCGCGAAUGUGCGGAUCCUGGGGCACGGAUGACGUCGCAGGUAGUUACACGAUGGUACCGUGCGCCGGAACUGCUCCUUGGCAGUCGAUCUUACUCGACCGCCGUGGAUAUGUGGUCCGUGGGCUGCAUCUUUGCCGAGCUUAUGCUGCGCACGCCAUACUUGCCCGGCGAGUCUGACGCAGCGCAGCUCACGACCAUUUUCCGAGCGCUGGGCACGCCGACACAAGCGGAUUGGCCGCACCAUCCAUCGCUACCUGACUACCGCCCCUUUGAGCAGUUUCCCAAACAAAACCUCUCCUUGCUCUUCACGGCGGCCUCCACGGAGGCGCUCGAGUUCCUUGCACAGUGCCUGCGGUACGAUCCACUUCGGCGGCUUUUAUCGACCGAGGCGCUUCAUCAUGCGUACUUUCGCACAGGUCCGCUCGCCACACCGCCGGCGCAGUUGCCGCGGCCCGCGUCGGCGAUGGUCGACGAAGCUUUGCCCGACACAGCAGACCCACCUACUUCUGCGCGUGGGCCUGGCGCGACGACCACCGCGCACACCUCGACACGCACACUUACGGACGAGCAGAUUGCACAGCGUCGCCGCCUAGCUCAUCUCGUGGCAUUUUCCUAA